AUGGUAACAGUAAUACCCAAAAUCAUAACCACACCUUAUCCCAGAACCCGUCUUCCUAUGUAUCUCUACACAUUCUCGAUUAUAGUAUCAUGCUCUCUUCUUUACUGGAAUCUUCUUUAUUGUGAAAACGACGAUUGUCUCGAGGAAAAACAAUCUCGAUGGGGAACGACAAAACACUUAUUACAGUACUUCCCUGUAAUCGCUGCUCCAAUUAUCAUAUUUAUUUCUUUGUCGUGGCUGAUAAUUGCAAUUCAUUAUUCGAGUAGUUCAUGUGUUCUCACAUUCAAUUUCAUGGAGAUGCCAUCAGCCGUGUUCUGUUCAUUACUCGGUGGAAUCAGUUCGGUUAUUGAAAUCCAUUUUUCGAUUGAUGUGGCCAACUUUGAAUGGACAGAUCAGUGGCUUCUUUCCGCUGCAUCGUCGAUUCUUCUGUGUCUUCUACAUGCUACAAUUGCAUUCACACUACAAUAA